CGGCCAGUGUCCCCACACGGUGCCCCUCGGGACUGCCUCACACUCGCACCCACACCAGGAUUUUCCUCAGCGGCCACCCUGGACCAGGCACUGGAGAGAUCGCAGAGAUACUGUCCCCAUCCUCAGUGGGACAGGGACAAACAAGUAACCUCUUAGCACAGCUUUCCACCUUGGCUGCGGGAGGGAAUCCUCAGGGAGGAGACUCCUGGGGGAGCCCCAGUUUUCUGGGUGCCAGAGGCAGGGGUGGGUGGCCCUGGGCUUGGGAAAUCCUGGGGAAAGGUGAUGCAUUCAGACUCAGGCAUGUAGAGGUUGGGGUGCCGGGAGGACCUUCAGUUCCUGAGGAGGAAGAGAUUUGGCAGCCCUUCCGGUGGUGAGAGGAGCCAGGUGAGCAGGGGAACGCUGGGCAGGUGGGUAGUGAGGUGAGCCCCUGAAGAACUCAGUGUGACACGUGAAGGAAACUGAGAAGACGUGACUGGCGAGGAAGGUGGAGGCAGCAGCCAGCACUGCCCACUGUAGGGAGGACGGCAGGGGUGGCCUUGAUGGGGGGGGGUUUGUCACUGCACUACAUGUGGCCCAGAAGGAGCUGGUGGAGGGGGAGACUUGGAGGGUUGCAGAGAGAUAAGAAGCUCUUCAAGGAACCAAGUCCCUGGGCCAGUGAGCAAGAAUGUGGUCCUGAGCCUGGGUGGCAGGGCUGGCCACAGUGACCAAAGGAGGUGACACUCCAUUCUGACCACAAAGGAGCUGCAGCCAUGUGCUGGUGAUGCUCUGUGCUGGUGAAUGUCUGCCACCAUCAACCUGAAGACGAUACUUUCUCUGAACCCCCUCCCCACACACCGUGUCUCACCUGGAGCCACCCCUCAGAGAUGCACAUCGCAGUCAGACAGCCACACUCCUCUCCAAACCAGCAGUGGCAGCCCAGUGUCAACGGAGUAUCACAAACAACUCAAGAAGACUUCACCCACACCCCCCUGCUCAAAUACCACUAACAGCCUGUACUGUCCCACACCUGGACAGCCACACAUUGGCCACCCCAGCCGCAAGCCUGUACCAUCCCACUGGACACACAGUCACACAACACCCCCUAAUGUGUCACAGCCAUGUACACCAGUAACAAUCACACACCCUGACACUGUCACAUUCCAUAUUGUCACGCACAUCUCGGACCCACAGCAUCACCACAGUUAAAUAUGCUUCUCACAGGCACCAGCCCCACCGUCUCUCUUUGUCUACCCACACACAGACACUCACAUCCCUCACCCCCAUCUCUCCAUCCCCUCCCACCCAACCCCCCCAUUCACCCACCCCCCACCCCAGCCUCCUGCCUGGCCCUCAGGGAGGCUGCGGAGAGGCGGUCCGGGGUGGGGUGGGGUGGGUGGGGAUGGAGAAGUCGGGCGGCGGCUCUACCCGCGGUCGCUGGCGCUGAGGGCGGCGGCUGCCGCGGGGAGCGCGACGUGGACCGGCCACGUGGAGCGGCCGGGGGCGGACCUGGCUGCAGGGAGCCGAGGAGCCGCCGGCGGCGCAGCACCCUGUAGCCACCACGAAGCCAGGCCCCCGGCCCCGGGGCGCCGCCGCAGCAGGGCUGCUAUAACAAAGUACCACAGAGCAGUUGGCUUAAACAAGAGGAAUUUAAAGUCUCGCAGUUCUGGAGGCCAGAAGUUCAAAACCAAGGUGUCGGCUGGGCUGUGCUUCCUCUGAGCUGCAGUUCCUGGAGGGAUGGCACCUUUGGAAGUGAGAGUGCUGGUGGUGCUGCUGCUGCCCCUGGGCCAGACUGCUCCCAGGGAUGGAGCCUUGAGGCUGGCCUCUCAAACAUGGCAUCAGCCCCUGCACAACCCCUUCCAGCCUAGCGAGGAGCAGCUGCAAUUUCUGCAGGGCUACCUCAAAGGCCUAAAGAGGAUGGAAGAGGAGCCGCAGCACAUGAGCUGGGAGCAGGUUGUCCUCUGCCUCUUUGCCCUCCAUGACUAUGACCACAGUGGACAGCUGGAUGGCCUGGAGCUGUUUUCCAUGUUGACAGCAGCCCUGGCUCCUGGAGCUGUCGACUCUCCCACCACCAACUCGGUGGUCCUGGUAGUGGACGAAGUGCUCGCGACCCAGGACCUGAAUGGGGAUGGGCUCAUGACCCCUGCAGAGCUCAUCAACUUCCCAGGAGAGGUCCCCUGGCAGGCAGGGCCCAAAGAGCCCCUUGCUCCAUCUCCCCAGGAGUCACAAGCUGUCGAGAUGCAGCCCUUGUUAGCUGAAAGCCCAACAGGACAAGAAACGCAGGAAUUCCCGAGUCCCGGAGAAGAAGCUGGGGGACAAGGAGAGGGCAGAAGGGAGAGCCUAGAAUCUGCACAGGAGGCUGGGGGACAGAGAGAGGCUGAAAGAGAAGCCCCAGGUCUUGGAGGGGAGGCUGGGGGACAGGCAGAGGCCAGGGACACUGGAGGGGAAGAAGAGCUUCUGGGAGAAAUGCUAGAGUCUGAGAAUGCCCCAAAUGAGCAUACUAUUCAAGUGGAGUAUGAUGAAAUGUAAACCUUGAGGAUACCAGCUUGCCCCUCUGGGGGUCUCGAAGCCAGAACACAUGCCCCUAGGGUGGGGUAUGUCCAUUGCAGUAAUGACUGCUGAGGUGUCCCCUUCCUGGCCUCAGCCCGGUGGCAGGUCUUUCCACGCAGCUCAGGGAGAUGCUAAGUUGGAGGGCAGCUUUAGGGGCUGGACAACCAAUAAAGAAUGGAAUGAAUUUA